AUGAAGGAUCCCAAUUUAAAGAAGACACAACUUUUUCUGCUGAUCAUAACUAGUUUUAGCCAACCGAAGUUAAAAAACAAAAUAAUUGAUUCAAAUCAAAUAUCUUUGAGUAGAGUAAUGGAAAUGAAUUGUCUGCUUCAAAAUCAAACAAAGGGAAAAGAUUUAAACGGUCAAAUCAAAAGUGCAAUUUAUGUUGCCCUUUUUCAAAAAGAAAAUAUCAUUUGGAAAGACUUGGGAUGCCCCAAAUUAGCUUGUCAAAAUAAUAGCAGUGAAUGUAAUAAAGACAACUGUGGGACAGAUUAUGUAGGAUCUACUUACGAGAUAUCAAAUCAUGCGUGUAUCUGCGUCCACUGA